AUGGCCCUGGACGGAGAACGGGAGCAAGAAGAAGACAAGAAAAAGAAGAAGAAGAAAAAGAAGAGGAGGAAGAAGAAGGAGGGGGCCGAGAAGAGCAGCGUGCCCUUCAGCCCCAUGAUGAUCGAGGACGACGCGGCGCUCCGGAGCGGCAGCAGGGGACUCUCAGACCAGUGGGCGGACUCGGUGGGGGUGCGGCCCCGCACCACCGAGCGCCACAUCACCGUGCACAAGCGGCUGGUGCUCGGCUUCGCAGUGUCCAUCCUGGCGCUGCUGGUGGUGACCAUGAUCGCGGUGCUCCUCAGCUUGCGCUUUGAGGAGUGCGGGGCCAGUGCAGCCGCUGCCGCCACCUCGGGGGCUGAGGCAGACGGCGCUUCUGGCGGGGCCCCGGCUCGGACCAGCAGCAACAGCAGCGGCACAGGCUCGUCCCGGCUCGACCACCGGGCUGGAGGGGAGCCCGGGCGUCCGGGGAUGCCUGGCGCCGCUCCCGGGAGCCCAGCACCCAAGGAGGAGUCGGAGGAGGAGGAGCAGGGACGUUGGCAGCCCUGGACUCAGCUGCGCCUUCCAGGCCACCUGAAACCCCUGCAUUACAACCUGAUGCUGACCAUCUUCAUGGAAAACUUUACUUUCUCCGGGGAGGUCAAUGUGGAGAUAGAGUGCCUGAACGCCACCCGCUACAUCGUACUGCACGCCUCUAGGGUGGUGGUGGAGAGGGUGCAGGUGGCAGAGGAUCGCGCCUUCGGGGCAGUGCAGGUUGCCCGCUACUUCCUGUAUCCCCAAAAUCAGGUCUUCGUAGUGGUGCUCAACCGAACCCUGGAGGCGCAGAGGAAUUACAACCUCAAAAUCAUUUACAACGCCUUGAUUGAGAAUGAGCUGCUGGGCUUCUUCCGCAGCUCCUACGUGCUUCACGGGGAAAGAAGGUUCCUUGGUGUGACACAGUUCUCCCCGACACAUGCAAGAAAGGCCUUUCCCUGUUUUGAUGAACCCAUCUACAAGGCGACUUUCAAAAUCAGUAUCAAGCAUCAAGCCACAUAUUUGUCUUUAUCUAACAUGCCGGUGGAAACUUCAGUUUUCGAGGAGGACGGAUGGGUGACUGAUCAUUUUUCACAGACCCCACUCAUGUCCACCUAUUACUUAGCCUGGGCUGUGUGCAACUUCACCUUUCGGGAGAUGGUCACAAAGAGUGGAGUCGUUGUACGAUUAUAUGCAAGACCUGAUGCAGUCAGAAGAGGAUCUGGGGAUUAUGCUCUCCAUAUAACAAAGAGAUUGAUAGAGUUUUAUGAAGACUACUUCAAAGUGCCCUAUUCACUACCAAAACUAGAUCUUUUAGCCGUGCCUAAGCAUCCAUAUGCUGCCAUGGAGAACUGGGGACUAAGUGUGUUUGUGGAGCAAAGGAUACUCCUGGAUCCCAGUAUUUCAUCCAUUUCCUAUUUGCUGGAUGUCACAAUGGUCAUUGUGCAUGAAAUAUGCCACCAGUGGUUUGGUGACCUUGUGACUCCGGUCUGGUGGGAGGAUGUAUGGCUGAAAGAAGGCUUUGCUCACUAUUUUGAAUUUGUUGGGACUGACUACCUCUACCCAGGCUGGAAUAUGGAAAAACAGAGAUUUCUGACCGAUGUACUCCAUGAAGUGAUGCUAUUGGAUGGCCUGGCCAGUUCACACCCAGUUUCCCAAGAAGUGAUCCAUGCCACCGACAUUGACCGGGUGUUUGACUGGAUUGCAUAUAAAAAGGGUGCAGCUUUAAUUCGAAUGUUGGCUAAUUUUAUGGGCCAUUCGGUAUUUCAGAGGGGAUUGCAAGAUUAUUUAACCAUUCACAAAUAUGGCAAUGCAGCCAGAAAUGACCUAUGGAAUACGCUGUCAGAGGCUUUACGAAAGAAUGGAAAAUAUGUAAAUAUUCAAGAAGUAAUGGAUCAAUGGACUCUCCAGAUGGGUUAUCCUGUCAUCACCAUCUUGGGAAAUGGAACAGUUGACAAUAUGAUAGCCAUUACCCAGCAACAUUUUAUUUAUGACAGCAGGGCUAGAGUUAAGACUCCUGAGUUUGGAAACAACAGUUACCUAGUCCCUCUCACUCUUCUGCCUUGGAACAAAUAUGUGGUACUGAAACAUCACAGAAUUACUUUGGACAAAGGAAGUUGGUUGCUGGGGAAUAUCAAUCAAACUGGCUACUUUAGGGUCAACUAUGAUCUAAGGAAUUGGAGAUUAUUAAUUGACCAACUAAUACGGAACCAUGAGGUUCUCUCUGUCAGUAAUCGUGCAGGUUUGAUCGAUGAUGCCUUCAGCCUAGCCAGAGCUGGCUAUUUGCCUCAGAAUAUUCCCCUGGAGAUUAUCAGAUACCUUUCGGAGGAGAAGGAUUUUCUUCCUUGGCAUGCCGCCAGCCGGGCCCUUUAUCCUCUAGAUAAAUUACUGGACCGAAUGGAGAACUACAAUGUCUUCAAUGAAUAUGUUUUAAAACAAGUUGCAACGAUGUACAUCAAGCUUGGCUGGCCAACAAAUAAUUUUAAUGGAUCCCUUGUUCAGGCAUCUUACCAACAUGAAGAAUUACGUCGAGAAGUUAUAAUGUUGGCAUGCAGUUUUGGUAACAAACACUGUCACCAGCAGGCUUCAACACUGAUUUCAGACUGGAUUUCCAGCAAUAGGAACCGAAUACCUCUAAACGUCAGAGACAUUGUCUAUUGUACGGGAGUUUCACUAUUAGAUGAAGAUGUCUGGGAAUUCAUCUGGAUGAAAUUCCACUCCACAACGGCAGUAUCUGAGAAGAAAAUAUUAUUGGAAGCUUUAACUUGUAGCGAUGACAGAAACUUACUAAAUCGGCUUCUGAAUCUAUCACUGAAUUCUGAGGUGGUGUUGGAUCAAGAUGCAAUUGAUGUCAUAAUCCAUGUAGCUCGAAAUCCACAUGGCAGAGAUCUGGCGUGGAAGUUUUUCAGAGAUAAAUGGAAGAUAUUAAAUACCAGGUUCAAGUUUUACCUCAGACAUCAGCAACAUAAACCUAAGAAACUGAAAAACUUCAUAAAGAACUAUGAUGGAGCAGCAGCUGCAUCUUUCUCCCGGGCUGUGGAGACCGUGGAAGCCAACGUCAGAUGGCAAAAGUAUUACAAAGAAGAACUUUUCCACUGGUUACGAAAAGCCCUCAGGCACUAG